GUGUGUUCUCAACCCACCAUGGUGAUUUUCAAUAACACUACAUCAUCUUCCUCAAACUUCCUACUCACUGCAUUUCCUGGUCUGGAACUUGCACAUGUCUGGAUCUCUAUUCCUGUCUGCUGUCUCUAUGCCAUUGCCCUCUUGGGAAACAGCACGAUUCUGUUCGUCAUCAUUGUUGAGAGGAGUCUUCACAAGCCCAUGUACUAUUUCCUCGCCAUGCUGUCAGCUGUUGAUCUAUGUCUGACCAUCUCAACCCUUCCCACUGUUCUUGGGGUUCUCUGGUUUCAUGCCCGGGAGAUUAGCUUGAAAGCUUGCCUCAUUCAAAUGUUCUUUGUACAUGGCUUCUCCUUCCUGGAGUCUUCAGUGCUGGUAGCCAUGGCCUUUGACCGCUUCAUGGCUAUCUGUAACCCACUGAAGUAUGCUAUUGUCUUCACAGACAUGAUAAUCUUGUUGAUUGGACUGGUUAUCUGCAUACGGCAAGUAAUUUUAAUCUUUCCCAUGAUUCUAGCCUUGACGAGAGUAUCUUUCCACGGAGGCCAAGAGCUUUCCCACCCAUUUUGCUACCAUCCAGAUAUGAUUAAAUACACAUAUUCCAACCCCUGGAUCAGCAAUUUUUUGGGCAUGUUUCUUCAGCUCUACCUGACUGGCACUGACUUACUGUUCAUUCUUUUCUCCUACGUUCUGAUUCUCCGAACCGUCUUGAGUAUCGUGGCCCCUAAGAAACAACAAAAAGCUCUCAGCACUUGUGUCUGUCACAUCUGUGCUGUCACUGUUUUCUACGUGCCAAUGAUCAGCCUGUCCUUUACACACCGCCUUUUCAGCUCCACCCCAAAAGUGGUCUGUAGCAUUUUGGCCAAUGUUUAUUUGUUCUUACCACCUGUACUGAACCCUGUCAUUUACAGCUUGAAGACCAAGACCAUCCGCCAGGCUAUGCUCCAGCUGCUCCACUUUAAGGGCUCACAGGGCCCCAGUGUGAGGAGUCAUAGAGGACCCUGGGAUUGA